GGUUACGUGCGAACGUUCCAUACAGUUGGGCAGGUUUUAUCAGGUGGUUAUAGAGCAAUUAAUUUACAGUGAUAAAGUUCGUAUUGGUAGAAGAUAUAGGCAUUAUUUGCCAUUUGUCAACUCUCGCCGGAAGCAAUGAAACGUGAACUGUUACUGCAGGUUGUAUUUCUCGCGUCACUGGCUGCUUGUAGCGCAGUCGACGAUGACCUACAACGCUCCUCCGGAGGACGUAUCGUCAACGGCACGGAUACGACCGUGGAAGAAAUACCCUUUCAAGGACAGCUGGUUUACUUCGAUAGCCACCGAUGCGGGGUUUCGAUAAUUUCGGAGUAUUGGGUGAUCACGGCAGCGCAUUGCACUUAUUCGAUUCCCGCCGAUUUCUACGAAUACCUUCAAAUACGAGUUGGAAGUUCCUCGAUAAACUCCGGCGGAAGACUUCAUUCGGUAUCGAGGGUCAUAUCUUACGAGAAUUUUACCGAGGCGGAUUACAAAAAUGACGUGUCCGUCAUCGAGGUCUAUUAUCCUAUCGAAUUCGGCGCUGCGGUACAACCGGUAGAAUUGGCGUAUUCUGAUUUUACUCUUCCCGAUGACACAAUGCUCGACGUUUCCGGAUGGGGGCGUCUCUACGACGGUGGAAGCCAACCUGAUCUACUUCAAGUAGUCUCGGUACCCUUGAUCAACCGCACUUACUGUGCCGCAGUUUUCGCCGGCGCUGCCGAAAUAACCGAUAAAAUGAUCUGUGCCGGUUACAAGGAAGGAGGACGGGACGCUUGUCAAGGAGAUUCCGGUGGGCCGUUAUUUUACGGCAAUAUUCUUGUGGGAAUUGUAUCGUGGGGUUCAGGAUGCGCGGAACCUAAUACGCCAGGAGUUUACGCCGAUGUAGCCCAUCUGAGGAGUUGGAUCACCGAAAAUACGGGGUUGGAUUUAACACGGCCGCAAAUCGUACUUAUCUUCUCGGUACAUCCGGCCGUGAUUGAAUUGAUCGAAAAAAUCGAUACAGUCUGCAGUUAUAAUUUAGCGAUGUUUCGCACAGCGUUAUCGAAGGGAAUUUUAAUUCCAUUUUUAAUUAUUGGGGUGCGUUGCGGCCCCGCAGGAAAAAUCGUCGGCGGUACGGCGACGACGAUUAAUAAUUACCCCUACCUGGUGUCAAUCAUUUACAACAAAGAACACGUUUGCGGAGGUUCGCUGAUAAGCAAUCAAUGGAUUUUGACAGCCGCUCACUGCAUCGACGGUCUGAAGACGAGCCUAUUCAAUGUGAGAGUCGGAAGCACCUAUAGAACCAAAGGCGGGACUCUCGUAACAGCGAUUUCUUCGAUCGUUACGCACGAAUUAUACGACGAUGAUAGCUACGACUAUGACGUUGGCUUGAUCAGGCUCGCUUCAGCCUUGACUUUGUCCAACGCGGUGAAGACCGUGAUUCUUCCAAGUUCAACUUACACCGUUGCGGACAGAACUUCGUGCGCCAUAGCUGGAUGGGGAAAAACUUCGUACGGUGGCGCGAUGUCGCAGUUCCUUCUUGCCCUGACCGUUCCGAUUGUCAGUCAAAAGGUCUGCUACGACACUUUCAUUCAUCGAAACACCGUCACCGCUCGAAUGAUCUGCGCAGGAUAUACGACCGGCGCCAAAGACACUUGUCAGGGUGACUCUGGUGGACCGCUCGUCUGCAACAAGGUACAAGUCGGAAUUGUCUCCUGGGGUGCGGGAUGCGCGGCCGUCGGUUAUCCGGGUGUUUACUCGCGAGUCUCGGCUCUCCGCGAUUGGAUAAAGAAGAAGACGAAUGUAUGAGUUUUGGAAGAAUUAUUUCAUCGCCGUUCGUACCGCUCGAUAUUUCCUAUUUCGCAUCGAGUGCUUUUUCAACGCAACGGAGUUUCAGGUGUGAAAUAACGUAGGAUACGUUUCAGCGGCACAGAGAAUAAAGUUUUGUCAGACGGAA